CACUGUAACAAUUGUCGUUUGACAUUUAGUGUCAUAGAAACGUUAUAAUUUUGAUUCCGUUGAUUAUUACGUGAAAAUUUCUUAAAAAGCCCACUAUUUUGAAUAUAUUAAUUGUUUUCAAUCAAAAACCAAAACAAUGGACAGUCUAGACGCAAAUAUCAUGGAUAAAUCCAUGCGAUCCGUCUUUGUGGGAAACAUUCCUUAUGAAGCCACCGAAGAGAAACUUAAAGAUAUAUUUGGGGAAGUUGGACAAGUUUUAUCAUUUAAGUUGGUUUUUGAUCGGGAAACUGGUAAACCAAAAGGUUACGGUUUUUGCGAAUACAGAGACCAAGAGACUGCACUGAGCGCAAUGCGUAACUUGAAUGGUUAUGAGAUAGGAGGGCGAAAUCUUCGAGUUGAUAAUGCAUGUACGGAAAAAUCAAGAAUGGAAAUGCAGAAUUUAUUGAAUCAACCACCAGUUGAAAAUCCUUAUGGGGAACCAAUUCAAGCUGAUAAAGCACCGGAGGCUAUUAGUAAAGCUGUUGCUUCUUUACCACCCGAACAAAUGUUUGAAUUAAUGAAGCAAAUGAAAUUUUGUAUUCAAAACAACCCAACUGAAGCUCGAACCAUGUUGUUACAAAAUCCCCAAUUAACUUAUGCUUUACUUCAAGCUCAAGUGGUGAUGAGAAUAUUAGAUCCCCAAACUGCUUGUAGUAUGUUACAUCCCCAAACCGCUCAACCAACACCUUUAAUACCUUCUGAUAAACCUGUAAUUGGACCAGUGCCGAUUAAUACUAAUUUUGGCACCCCUCAAAAUACAAAUUCAACAAUAAAUCGUUCAGAAUUCACUCCGGCCACAACUUUGUCUGGAAGCCAACCAGUUUUUUCAAAUCAAGAUGUGGAUUUACGUUCUUUAGAUCCUCGAGGGCCAGAUCCAAGGAUGAAUCGCAACAUGGGUGAUCAGGACAUGAGAACGAUUUCUACACAAUUACCAAAUCCAUUGCCGCCAGUUGGAGACACUUAUGCAAGAGAUCCGAGAACUAAUUAUCCUCCAGAAACUAGAUUACCUACAAGGGGUGAUCCAAGACAAAAAAAUACAGCUCCUGUUCAAACUCCAACUGCAACUCCAAGUGUACGUCCACAACCUGUACCAGCUCCUGUUCAGGUUCAACAGCAAGCUUUUAGAGGUGUAGCUGCAAUUUCACCCAAUAUCGGACCAUCGGGUGCUUCAGAUCAAGAAAAAGCAGCUCUAAUCAUGCAAGUUUUACAACUUUCCGAUGAACAAAUUGGGUUGUUACCCCCGGAGCAACGAAACAGUAUCUUGGUACUGAAGGAGCAAAUUGCAAAAAGUACUCAACGUUAAUAUAAAGGGACGUUUUAAUAUCAAUAUUUUGUAUUAAAUAAAGAUGAUUACAAUUUUUAA